UUAGUCUAGUUCUCUCCAGGCCUUUCUAAGGAUGCAGCUACGAUUCCUCUUGUUCUGCUCAGCCGCCGCGCUUAUGGCUUGCUGUCGCCACGCAGAAGCACAGGAGCCACCAUGUUACGUCACUGACGAAGAUGUCACGUGCUCCGCCUCAGCGACCCUCCUGGUGAUGGAAGAUUUUCUGAAACAGCUCAGUAGCUCCAACGGCGUCACGGAAUACAACAAAUUCGGUUUGUACGACAACCAUGUGGUCCAGCACCUCUCCGCGGGUCUCCUCGCCGACCUCCAGUUCUCCGUGAUCGAGGUCAUGUCGUGCCCCAACCUGACGAAGGUCGACGACUUCCUGGGGGCCUCCAGCGCGUCCCUCAAGAACCUUUCGAUGCACCACAACUCGCUGACAGAAGUGCCUCAGCUGACUGCUCCAGCUCUCCAGAAUUUGCGGCUUUAUCAGACUGAUACUCGGGUCGUGGUGCAAAGAUCAGCCCUGCAAGGCAUGCCCAGCAUCCCUUGUUCCUUCCUUCAGGAAAUCAGGAUGGAAAGCGCCUCCGUGAUGCCUCUCGCCUUCUACGACCUCAAGCUCCUGAAGAACCUCUACGUGUACAACCUGGCGGCGGAUCCUCUUCUCCUCGCAGGCUCCUUCCACUUCAGCUCUCCGUCGCUCUCCUAUGUCUUCCUCGCCAGUGGACACGCUUUCACGGGCGAGGCAGAACCGGGGACUUACGACGGCUUUCCUAGCGGCUCUCGACUCUGGAUCCAGAAGACGCCGAAAUUCUCCGCAGACUUGUUCUUCAACUUGCUGAGUCGCGGCGCAUCUGUUGAGUCACCCGAGCCUGUGACCUGCGAUUGCCACGUUGCCUGGAUUCGCCUGUCAACUUUCAUGCCACAGGCGAAAGUAAGGUGCCAAACCAGCAUGUGGCCAAUUGAUCUGUCUGCCGUCGACGAGGCCAACUUUAAGGAUUGUGGCAGCAUAUGCAGUGUCUGAGUGGCACUUGAUACAAUUUUUUUUGGCUAUACCAGUGCUGAAUAUUGGAUUUUCAAAUGAAAGUUUCUCUCAGAUUUCAAUCUCAUGAAAACUAAGCAACAAAAAUAAAGAUCUAUCGUAAUUUUAUGGCUAUUCAAUUAAUCAUUUUUCUUAAUAGAUCUUUGCCCUUUAGAUCUAUUUGUAUUGUUAUUAAGAAUAAGCUUUAUGUUCACACUAGAACAGUUUUCCCUUCUGCUAUGUAAGUGUGCAUAAGAAAAGUGAUGAAAGAGUAACUCCUUUAUACAAAGUAUUAAAACGUAAAUACACCGAUGGCAUCAGUAACUUCUAACAUCAAUAAACUUGAAACUGACUUCAGUAAAUUUAACAUAAAAGUCUUAACUUCAGCGAAUAUUGGUAUCGAUAUAUUUCGACAUCAGUAAUCCCUAACAUCAAUAAAUCUUGACAUUAAUAAAUCUUAACACAUGUUUUUUUUUACGUCAGCGUCGUAGGAAUGUGAAUGAACUUAUCAGAGUAAAUGUGCAAAGAUAUUGUGGCAAUAAUUUUUUUGGAAAUGUGACA